CCAGCGGCGCAGCGAUGGGGAAGCGCCGGCGGUCGAUAAAGAAGCAGCCGGAAUCGCCACCUCCUCCCGCAUCCCCAGCCACCCACGCGCCAUGUCCCGUACCAAGCCCCAUCCCCAGCCCUGUCCCGCCGGCUCCGGAGCAGGCGCCGGAAGUUCUGGUCCCUCCGGACUGGGCCUCGGCCGCCGCCCUCAUCUCCUCCGACAUCCCGCCGCCGGUCGUCCUCGUGUGCGGCCCCGCCAACAGCGGCAAGUCGACCUUCUCCCGCCUCCUCAUCAACUCGCUGCUCCCCAGGUACGGGAGGGUCGGGUACUUGGACACCGACGUCGGGCAGCCGGAGUUCUCGCCGCCGGGAUGCCUCUCUGUACACGUCGUCGACGAACCUAUUGCAGAUUUGCGGUAUCCAGUUUUUCGGGAGGCUGAAAGGUGCUGCUUUUAUGGUGAUAUAUCUUCAAAAAGGGAUCCAGAAACAUACCUGAACUCUUUGUUUCUCUUGUAUACCUACUUUGUUGAAAAAUAUCGAUCUCCUGGGAGUGAAGUCCUUCCUUUAAUAGUCAACACUCCUGGAUGGGUGAAAGGCACUGGUUUUGAUAUGCUUGUAGAGAUGCUAAGGUAUAUCUGUCCCACAGUUGUUGUUCAGAUACGCACCAGAAUGCAGAGAAAGAAUCUACCUGAUGGGAUGUUUUGGUUAGAUGAUGGUCAAGCAGGACCCAAUGUGAUUAUAAUUGAUGCUGCAUGUCACAAAUCCUUAUCUGGAGAAUCGUUAAAAAGGAAAGAUGGGGGUGGAACGCGUGAACGCCGCCUAGUGGAGUACUUUAAACAAUGUUUUCCAAGUGACAUAUCACUAGCAACAAAUAAAGAGCUUGCUUAUGCCCUAGCGUCACUCCCACCCUAUGAAGUAUCAUUUUCAGAUGUUACAGUUACCCAUCUUCAUUAUGAGGUACCCCGUACCGAGAUAUGGCGUAGCCUGAAUGCUACCAUAGUUGGCUUGGCAAAUAGUUGUGACACAGCUCAGGCAGUCCCUUGGUGUGUUGGGCUUGGUAUCGUAAGAGGCAUUGAUGUGCAAAGAGGCUUGUUAUACGUCAUCACUCCUGUUCCUGUUGAUUGUCUUCAAAGCAUAGAUCUGCUGCUGCAGGGGCUAAUUGAUAUACCGAGAUCAAUAAUGCAGGUCAAGGGAUGCAUCUCGCCAUACAUGUCGACGAAUUUGCGGGACACGAUAAGGGAGAGGGAUUUGUAUGCGAGGAAUCUGAAUAGCCCACUGGUCAUUCAGAAUGGCGAUUGUGACUCUGACGAUUCUGACUCGGAUGCGGAGAUGUAACUUGCGUCAUGUUCGUCCCUUCAUUUACUGGAGGGCCUUUGGUGCUGGGUCUGUUUGACAUGUUGGAACACCAGCAAUCAAUUUUGAUAGUGGAUUAUGCUUAAUUUUAGCUACCCAAGAGUGAACGUUUUGUGCCCUGUCUAAAGAUUGGACUGAUUCGUCUGCCUCUGCAAUGUG